AUGGCCAUCACAACCUCAUACACUAUCACGGAGCCUCCAGUGUUACAAAACAUUCAUCAUCGCAAUGGAAAGCCUCUCCCACUAUCCAGAAAGGCCUUUCCAGCAGUAUGGAUGCGAUCAGGCACAUCAAAGGGGCUUUUUAUCCACGAAAAAGACCUUCCAGCAUCUACAAAGCUCUGGGAGCCAAUCUUGGUAUCUGCGAUGGGCUCUGCAGGAGGCAAUGCAAAGCAAAUUGACGGAGUUGGAGGUGCAACAUCCACGACUUCCAAGGUCGCAGUCAUUGCAAAAUCUCAAGACCCUAAUAUCGAUGUCGAGUACACGUUCGUCCAGGUAGCGCCAGAUCAGGCCAAGAUUGACAUGUCUGGAAACUGUGGAAACAUCGCCUCUGGCGUAGGACCUUUCGCACUUGAUGAGGGGAUCGCAAAGGCGAUUCCGGGACAGACAGAGAUAGAUAUUCGAAUCCUCAACACCAACACUGGACAGACUCUGGUCGAAACGGUUCAAGUAGCUUCGGACGGAAGCUUCCAGGAAGAAGGCGACUUCCGUAUUCCCGGCGUGCAAGGCACCUCGAGUCCUAUCAAAGUCGCUUUCCUCAAUCCUGGAGGUAGCAUGACAGGUCGAAUGUUCCCUAGCGGGGCAUCACAGGAGAUCCUAAUCGUAACUUCACCAUCAGUGGGAACAUUUGAUGUGCGAGUUAGUCUGGUGGAUGCUGCAAAUCCUUUUGUACUGGUAGAUGCAUCUUCCAUUUCUAUCCCAGGCUACCCGUCGUGGCCAGAUUCAGAUGAUUCGACUUUUGUGUCGGUUGUUGAGGAUAUUCGCCGCGCAGGCGCUGUGUGCUUCGGGCUGGCUGUGGAUAUAAAGGCAGCUGGUCAAGUGCGAGGCACACCAAAAAUUGCUUUCCUUUCUCCGGCGGCGGAGGAUGACAAGGAUGCAGAUCUUCAGGUUCUUUCUUUCACUAUGGGGAAGCCCCAUGCAAGUCUUCAAUUGACUGGUGCGGUAUGUCUCGGGGCGGCUGCAUCGAUUCAUGGAACGGUUGCGUGGGACAUGGCUGGAAGGAAGGGUCUUGACAGAGUACCGAAGCAUGGCAUGUCCUUGGACGGUUAUGAAAUUGCAUCUCCAUUGCCCAUUGGUAUUCGACACCCUGCUGGGGUGAUAUUUGUGGAGACGAUGUUAGGAAUGGGCCCCGAAGACGUGGUUAAUGUGGAAAAGGUGGCAGUCUUUCGAACAGCACGACGGCUCUUCGAAGGAAAUGUAUUUUACCGCGUAUGA